UUGGACAGAAUUUUAGUAACUUUGGUAACCGAGCUUGAUGGCAAUAACAAACUCUUUAAAUCUCAUGUUGCUAUAAUUUUCUUUUUUGAUAAUUCCUUGUUAUUAAUUGUAAUCAAAUCAUUGUCAUCAUGGCUUCAAAUAAUAGCAAUAAUAAUAACAAUAGUUCCACUCCUAAUAUCAAACUUGAGGACAUCGAUUUUGAAUUUUUACCAUUAAUUUAUGACAUUAUUAGAAGCAUCGAAAAAGAGCUGAAUGAAGGUAGCAGUGUUGGACAAAAGGCUAUACAUCGAGAGCAAACGGAAAUUCCUGCUAAAAUGCAAUUACUCAAUGAUAAAUUCAAAAAGUGUCGUGAACAGCUGAUGAAAAUUGAAGGAAUUGACAUAACCAAGGAACAGCAACUCAAGCAAUUGGAAAAUCUCAGUAAACAAUUGGACAUGAAAAGACAACUUCUUACUCAGUAUAAAAACUUUUCACCAAUUGAAAGUUCCUCCCAAAUGCAUACAUGAUAUCUGUUGAUCAUCUAGUUUACUCCUUAUUUAUCUCUCUUAUUUACCCUGUAAUUGUGUAUCUUAUUAAUUUCAUUAUCAUGUAAAUAUCUAUUUUGUUAUGAUAGAAACACCUCUAUUAAAACAAAGAUCAACGAUUAAUAACGAACGAUACAAUAAAUGAGUUAUCAACUUGACUUCAA